AUGAAAUUAAUUAAAUUAUUAAUAAGUUUGUUAUUGCUCUUUAACAUUCUAACAACUCGCACGGAUGCUAUUGAUUCAAUGAAGAUUGCAAUUAUACCUAUCCAAUGUAUCGUUUCUAAUACUUUUAUAGGAGAUAUAACAGGAGAAACCGAAAACUCCGUAAAGUUUAGCGCUCUUGCAUGCACUGGUCUUGGCUAUGCGACAUCAUCUUCAGAACCGCUAGGAAUAGGAAGAAUAGUAUCAGAAGUUUGUAUGGACAUUGUAACAGGCGUCUUAGUUGGUUAUUAUCUUAAAUUUAUUGGAUUAGGCACGGUUAGUAGGGUAAUAUUUGGUGCUCCCAUGAUUCUUUUGAUAAAUAAGUACAUGUGGGAGGCCUAUUUUCGAAACUAA